AUGAAUUUCAACGACAAACUCUAUUCAAAACAAGGAAUCCACAGCCUAACAAAAGGGCACACUGAAUAUGUCGAGGUACUUAACGCCUUUGGAGGAAUCUACACUGGACAGCUUCGAAGCAAUGCUGGCACGAUAAGAAUGAGUAUGUGCUUAGAGUCAAAGGCUAGGAUUGAACUUCUACCGCCCUUUGUGGGUUGUUGCGGUGCAAAACUAUAG